GAGAGAGUGACAUAGAAAGAGAGAGGGUGUAAUUAAAAAGAAAUGGUAGGGUGAGAGUAAUCUGAAGUUUGCCUGGGUGAGAGAGACUUACUAGGUCAUACAGGACAAGCAAAUGGUGGUAGGACACAAGUGACAGAAAGUAAGAGACGGGACGGAGGACCAAGGAGACUACAACAAUUAAAACAAGCCUUUAACCUUCCACACAUGGCGCCUUACUCCCAGCUCAGCUUUCUCCUCACCGUACUGUUGAUCUUUGGGGCAUUAUGCGUGACCAGCAAAGUACAGAUUCAGAGCAGCAGUGAAAGACAGUCAGCCUCCAGCAACACAGGAUCGACUGGUGAGAGCACCAGCAACUCUUCUGCGUCCAUCACGACGGUACCCAUCGUCACUUGGAAGUGGCAUCAUGUGGAAACGCCAUACCUGGUGGCCUUAUGGAUCCUGGUCUGCUGGCUUUGUAAACUGAUGGCCCAGCUGAAUUCCAAGCUCAAGAGCUUCUUCCCUGAGAGCGCCCUCCUCAUAAUAAGUGGUUUUAUACUGGGAGGGAUCGUCUGGGGUGCGGAUAAGGCGCAGACGUUCAAGCUUGUGCCGAGGAAUUUCUUCUACUUCCUGCUUCCGCAGAUCAUCCUGGACACAGGCUACUUUAUGCCAAACAAGCUUUUCUUCAGCAACCUGGGCGCCAUCCUGGUGCAUGCUGUGAUUGGGACGUGCUGGAACGCAGCCGCAGUGGGCAUUUCGCUUUGGGGCUGCUAUUUAGGAGGAGCGAUGGGUAACCUGCAGAUAGGGCUGCUGCAGUUCCUGCUGUUUGGCAGCCUGCUUGCAGCCGUAGACCCCGUGGCUGUGAUUGCUGUGUUUGAGGAGGUGCACGUGAAUGAAGUACUCUUCAUCUGGGUGUUUGGAGAGUCGCUGCUCAACGAUGGAGUCACGGUGGUACUCUACAACGUUUUUGAUGCCUUCGUGUCUUUAGGAGGGGAAAAAAUCAAUGCAGGAGAAAUCAUAAAAGGCAUAGUCUCAUUUUUUGUAGUUGCAUUUGGAGGUUCAUUGAUAGGUGUUGUGUUUGCCAUCCUGAUCUCGCUGUUGACCAAGUACACAGGGAAAGUGCAAAUCAUUGAGGCGGGUUUCAUCUUCGUACUGGGCUAUCUGUCCUACCUCACUGCCGAGAUGCUUUCUCUCUCUGCCAUCCUUUCAGUCACUUUCUGCGGUGUCUGCUGUCAGAAAUAUGUGAAUGCAAACAUGGAUGAAAAAUCCGUCACUGCUGUGCGCUAUGCUAUGAAGGUGUUUGCGAAUGGCUCAGAGACCAUGAUCUUUGUCUUCCUGGGUGUCACAGCCAUUGAUACUGACAUCUGGGUGUGGAAUACUGGCUUCAUACUGCUCACACUACUGUUUGUUCUAGUCUACAGGUUCAUGGGGGUCUUUUUCCUUACUUGGAUCCUGAACCGGUACAGACUGGUUCCUAUCGAGCUCAUUGAUCAGAUAGUGAUGAGUUUUGGUGGUUUGCGAGGGGCGGUGGCGUAUGGUCUGGCAGCCUCAUUAGAUGAGACCAGGAUCAAGGAGAAGAACCUGAUGAUCACCACCACGCUCAUUGUGGUGUACUUUACAGUCAUACUCCAGGGUCUCACAAUGAAGCCCCUUGUCAAAUGGCUAAAAGUGAAAAGGGUAUCUCCAACUGAACUGAAACUGAUUGAGAAAGUGAAUAACAGGGCAUUUGAGCACAUUUUGGCAGCAAUGGAAGACAUUUCAGGACGAAUAGGGGACAACUGGUGGACCAGAGGCUGGAAGCGCUUUGAAGACACAUACAUCACCUGGUUUUUGAUGAAGCCAGAAGCCAGAAAGAACAGAGACUACCUUUUCAGCAUCUUCCACAAACUGAACUUAGAGGAUGCCAUUAAUUAUGUUACUGAGGCAGAAAAACGUGGAUCUCUGGCAUUCCUGAAUCAGACCGAUGGCACUAUUGUCAAUUUUGAGAAGAAACUGAGAUUUUCUGGAGUGAUGCCUGACAUCAUGUCUGAGCUAGACUUUGGCAACAACAAUGUUCAGCCAACCUCUGUCAUACAGGACACUGUUCCUUCAGUGUCUCUGAACAUUCAUGAACAUGAGAUGAAGAGAAUGAAUGAAGACUUCAAUGCUCACCACCUACUGCAGCAACAUCUUUAUAGGAGCAGGAAAAAUCACCGUCACAAGUACAGCCGAAGUAACUUCAGCAUCAACCAGAGCGAGGACGAGGUGCAGGAGAUCUUCCAGAGGACCAUGAGGAGCCGGCUGGAGUCUUUCAAAUCAGCCAAGAUGGGUGUUACCCCUGCCAAGAAAAUCACAAAGCAUCCAAAGAAAGACCCAAACCAUAAAAUGUCUAAUGGCAAGACAACAGAUAAAAGCAAAAAGCAUCCAUAUGGAGAUGAAGAUUUUGAGUUUUCAGAAGCAGACAGUGCAUACAGUGGUGAUGGUGGGGCUACAGGUGGCAGUUCUCAAAGGAGAGGCACGUAUACAAUGGGAGCAGGUGUAGAGAACCCAGCAUUCAUGCCAGAAAUGGACACCCCUCCUCCUCCCUGGGUAACAGAAGCAGAGGCUGAUACAAGCGUGGCGCCGUCCCAGGGAGCGCAAAGGUACCUCCCCUGGAGCCCCAGAAAUCUCCAUCGCUUAGCACCCUUGAGGAUCAGUGACCGCUCCACAGACUCCUUUCUGAUGGCUGAUGCUCCUGCCACUGAGGAGUCAUCCGAAGAGUCUCCUCAGCAACCGUCCCAAAGGGAUGGUACGCACAUGUAGCAUCCAUGCUUUCAACAUACUCUCAUAGUACUGAAGCUUUAUUAUAUACCAUUAACUACCAAAGCAUCUGAUCAGGUUUGCUAGUUCAGAGAUUCAUAACUGCCUUUUAAGCAUAUAAAAUAUUACCAUGGAAGUUUAAAUUUUCAGGUUUUUUUUUUUUUAUUGUUUUUUUUUACCAUCUCGUGAAAUUAUUUUUAAUAGCACUUUAUCACAGUUAUAGCAGGCCAGAGAAUAAUUCAUAAUGACAGUCAAGUUACCCUAAGCACUAUAAACAGCAAUGUUACCCUGACAUUCACAUUAUCUUGAGCACUACUGCAGUCAUAUUACCCUGACAGUCACGUUACCCUGAGCACUCCUGCAGUUUUGCUGGGAUAGCUACAGGUUGCUGCUGCACAUUUUACUGUGAACCUCUAAAUCCCUAAAACAAUCCUUCAACAAUCCAGCAAAUGUUGAAAAUGUUAUUUUUCAUGAUACUGUAUUUUUCCAUAGUGUCUGCUGUAGAUUCAGCUGCAGAUCAUAUGCCUAUAGUUAGUUACCCUGUACUAAAUAUAUAUUUCAUUUGUGCAUGGCGAUAUCAGAUCUACAUGUAAGUGAAAAAUCAUGCCCACACCAAAGUCCUUUUACUUGAACACACUAUAAAAAAUAUUGAUAAAACAUUAUAUUAACAUAACACAAUAAACAGGAUUUUAAUCAUUAACUUAGUUUGUUAAUGGCUGUUCAUAAUUAUAUAAACAUUUUGGACACAUCAAUAAAUGCUGAAAUUUGAAUAAUUUACUUAUACAUUAUUACUUUAUCUUUCAGUAGCCUGCAUAGAAGAUGAGUCCAAUACUUUUUGGUGGGCUAUUGGUGCCACUCAGAUGCUCAAAUCAUCAGGUUCAUUGGGCAGAAGUGGAGGUGAACUCAGGUUGAUUGAAAAAGGUUUAAUGAAACCAAUUGCAGGGUAAUCCAAAACCAAAGUCAAUAAACAGGCAAAGUUCAGUACCAGUAGAGACAAAUGACUAGGUAGGCUUAACCGAAAAGUGACAGAUGAACUAACCUGGCAUAGAUCCAAAAGACAAAGAGGUAAAUACAAAGAACAAUGGCUUGGAAACGUUAGACAAAUGGAGAGCGAGACUUCCCAAAGAUAGUCUAAAACAGGUGGGUUUAAAUACACAGACAUUAGGGAAAACUAGACACAGAUUAACUUAAUAAACAGUGGAUUGGGAACGAACAGGGGGACUAUGGGCAAUGUAGUCCAUUGAAGGCAGUCUGCAGGCUUCAGACCUGACCACUCCUCUGUACCGUAACCUUCCCUAUGCAUAUGGUACUGAUCUCACCACCAGGAUGCCUAGAGUCCAGUAUCUUGUGUACAGUUUAAGAUGGGGAGCUGUCAGUCACCAGGGGAGCCUCCUUAGCACCCAGAUUGCACAGUGAACCUGCAACAUUCAUCUUAAGGAGAGACAUAUGGAAGGAAGGAGAGGCAUGGCAUGUAUCUGGCAGCUUUGACCUGUAAAUGCUGUCAUUGGUAUGUUUCUCUACCAGGAAGAGGUCUAGGUAAUGAGGCUUCAUCUUACCACUCCCCCUGAGGUGAGGGUCCCAAGUGCACAGCCAAAACUGAUCCCCUGGGCAGUGGGACCACAACCAUGCCUACGACUAGCAUACAGCUUCAGUCAGCUGAUGGCCAUCCCCAGAUGCUGGUUCACCCAAACGUGCUUGCUCAUCUUCAUCCAUGAAUCCACAGCCAGAGUGGAGGUAGCCAUGGGAUUGCAUGGAACAAAGGGUGGCUGGAAACUUCACCCACUGGAAAGGAGUUAGGCCAGUGUCAGCGUGCACUAGGGAAUUUUGUGCCAUUUCAGCCCAAGUGGGGUUUGCCCACUCAAACUGACUCUGGGGAUGGUAACCUAAAGGUCAGGCUAAUGUUCACACCCAAUCUCUCCAUGAAGGACUCCAAUACUUGGGAAGUAACCUGAGGUCCUCUCUCGGACAGGAUGUCUUCAGGUAUGCCUUAAAACCUGAAAAACUGUUUGAAUAAGACCACCACAGUUUCAAAAGCUGAUGUGGGACCAGGGUCUUUCUGGUAUUGGUAGGAGAACAUGUUUACUGGCUGGCAGUGUGUGAGGAGUCUUGACUGAGCAUAGUCUAAGAAGGAAGCUACAAAAGUAUACAUGUCCUUUACCACAGACUCCCACCAUUGGCAAGAUUUGACUUUACCUGUGUGACGUUAGGAGAGCGUGGAUUAUGCCCAGGUAACGUCUGUCAUGAACGGUCGCCAGCACGUACAAUCUGCCCUUGGGACAGGAGGCAGGAAUCUGCAUUAUGUAGCUCUCUCUUUAGUUCCUCAUAAAAGUCUCACUGAAUGGAGCAGCAAUAGCACUGAAGCACUAGCAAAAGUUUGCAAAUUCCAGAAUCCUCUGUAGGUCCUCGGGAGUUGUGGCACUGGACAAGUAAGCACUGCAUCAACCAUUUUAUUCUCCACAGUGACAUCCAUGGAGCUGAUGACAUAUCCUAAAAAGUAUGCACAUUUCUCCGCUUUUACAUACAUGUCUUCUGCGGAACCCUUUGUAGAAUGGCGCUCACAUGACUUGCGUGCUCAGACAACACGUAACCGGGAGUGGGAGAAUAAAUCAGAAUGUCAUCCAUGUAGGCCACAGCAAACCUCCCCAUGUCCUGAAGGAUGUCGAUUAUAAUGGCCUGGAAAACGGAAGGUGUGGGAGGAGUGGGGGUUGGCAGGCCAGAUGGCAUAACCUGGUUAAUAAUAGUGUGCAGACACAGUAAUACAAGCAAUAUUCCACUCAUCCCCCUUCUUUAACCAUGCAGAGCCCACCAUCGUUCUUGGUGAUAAAAUGGAAACCACCAGCAGCAGGGCACUUGAAAUGCCUGCCAUAACCCUGUAAUAACCCUGACAUAACUUCGAGCUAAGCCACACAGUCCUCCUUAGCCUUGUUUUAAGUGAUAGAGAGGGGGUAAGAGCAUGUCCUCAGAGGCACAGCACCCUCCACCAGGACAAUAGCACAGUCAUAGGGACAGAGGGGCGGUAGUACUGCGAUCUUCACCUUGCUAAAAACCUCAGCCAAACCUUAGUCCAUAUAAUCUUCAGGUAUUGUAAAGCUGUCUGCAGAUUCUGGGCUUUUUCACAGAAGAAAUGGAGGCUGAACUAAGCAGGAACCACAAUAACAACUUUUCAAGCAGAAACUGGACUAGAGUAAAAUAUCUGGUUUGUCAUAGGAGAUUUGGGGGCCAUGUUCCUGUAACCAUGGGCAGCCUAAAACUAUGGGGUGAUGAGCCAUGGUGACCAUAAAACAAUUAAAUUCUGGUGACUAAAAACAAGGAAGUUCUCCACACGCGUGGCACUGCAUCUGAAAUUAUGGAGAGGUAAGAAGGGUGACCUGAUGGAGAACUGGUAACAUGGGGACCAUGGAGAUGUUGAUGCUCUUCAAAAGAAAAGAAAUGGCGUAAUGAAGUUGCCCGCAGUUUCAGAGUCAAUCAUUGUUGGAACAAUUGUGGAACAGUGUCAUCCCCUUCCUCUCUUGAAGGAGGUGGUCCAAACAAAUAGAGUGUGACAUGAGCUUUUCCAAAGUAUGAGAAUGAUCUCAACAAGUGAGUUCGGUAAACAAUUCAGGACAACUUGAGCCCUGCUGAUAUGCAACUAAAGCAGCAUCAUACAAGCCACCGCUUGAAUGGUUUGCCUUGACAGUUUCUCAACCUCAAUUUUACAAUGAACCGAGGCACAGGUGGUGUUGACCCAGUAACUGGCCCUGGGCUACAAGGGUGUCUGGUACUGAACUAGAUCCCAUCGACUCCCUAAGGUGGCGACAUCUUCUGUCAGGUUUGUUGGGCAGAAGUGGAGGCGAACACAGGAUGAAUGAAACGGGUUUAAUCAAUCGGAUCACAAUAAAAAAAAAACCCCCAAAAACAAACAAACA